AUGCCGUGCAAGCUGGCGCCGGGACUGCCGGAGGUCUUCCUGGAUUUUGCAGGCGCCAAACACAUGUAUCGUACGUUCGGCGUCGUCAACGCGUACGCUAUCAUACCAGGGCAGGUUGACAAGGGCAGCAAUGACACCAAGCGGCUCUAUAAGAAGUAUAUGUUGCGGACCCCCGUCGGUGAUGGACCGAAGCCGUGUGGCAGCUUUCUGAGCUAUCUCCGUACCUACAAACUGUCGGAGGACCACCAGAAUGUCAUCGAGCGCAGAGGGCGCGGGGGCGACUCCCGCGCGGCGGCGGGCGUCCGCUUUGCAUUCGAGACGCAGGACAAUUUCAUCGACCAGUUCUGCACUAUGAUGUUCCCGCACGGAGACUCCGGUACUUUUGCGCCGCCACAAGGGGAUCCCCAGUUGAUCCCUUUCACGCAGCACUAUCUGAAGGCAAUGAAAUACCUUCAGCACCUCGCGCGCAUGACGGGCACGCGCCCUUCUUGCGAAGAGUAUAUUCGCCAGCGGGUGAAAGAGAUGAUGCCGCAGGAGGAGGAAGAGGCAGAAGAACACUAUCGCCUCCGCGUUCUGGCGAAGAUGAAGAGCACCCGCUGGGUUGGCUUCGCCAGGAACGCCACGUCUAUCGUCGAGCUGUUCGAUGCGCCCGUGGAGGCUAUCGCGGACCGUCUCCAUGAGUACAGCUGGGAGCCCUACGACAAUUGGCCUUGGCUCCCUCCCGCGCGGUCAGACGACUCCGAGGACGUGCCUGCGCGCCCUGGAGAUCAGCUGUUCCAUCCUCUGAGAUGUGCUGAUGAUGCCGAGGGCGCCUAUGGUAAGCCCUUCCACGGCGUUGACGCGGCGCUCGAUUAUUUCGAGGACGUGGUGGCGGCGGACCUGCGCAUCCGCGUCUUCUGGGCGUGCAAGGCUGAUCCGACUAUUGACGCGCAGUUCGCAUACUACAACGAGUACAAGAAGCAGUGGAACAAAUGUGACGCGCAUGCGCGCCCUCGCAUCACGUGGUCUGCCGACCAGGAGGAGGUGCUGAAGACCAAGGUGCAGCACGAGAACAUCAACGUGGAGACCAUACACUCUGCGUGGCACAUCUAUCGCAGAGCCGAUACCGUCGUUGACUAUGCGCCUCCGUCGCGCCUCCGCACCUAUGACCACUUCAUCAUCGAUGAGGCGUCGCAGAUCGAGGACGACGUGGCUGUGCGCUUGCACAACGGCUUCAGGGAGCUGCCGCAGCGGCCCACGAUCUUCUUUGCGGCGGACUUCCAGCAGCUGAAUCCGCUCGGAAGUUCGGCGGCUAUGCGGACGUGGAUCACGGGGGUCAUCCGGUCCUUCUUCGCCGGGCGCACGUGGGACUCCAUCACCCUUGAGCAGGCCGUGCAGAGGGGCAUGGCCAUCGGCGCUUAUCUGGAGGAGCCCUUCCACUGGCUCACGGUGACGAACAAGGGGGCCGAGGCGGUGAAUUCGGCGUGUCUAUCGGCGUGUGGCUACGACAAGCCUGAGAACCAGUCGCCGCUCUGCGGGGACCCCAAGGUAGCUGGCAAGGAGCGGCAAUUCAUUGCUCCUGGUGUGGUUGUUCGGCUCACGCGGAACCUCGACAAGGAGCGGGGCUUCGUCAACGGCGCCAAUGGCACUAUCGAUGUUGUGCUGGAGAACAAGUCUAUCUUUACGGUGACGCUCACGGGCACCAAGCACCGUCUCCUCGUGCACCCGAUCACCGACGGAGGCGAUUACUUCUUGCCGUGCACCUAUGGCUAUGCUACCACCAUCCGCAGGGCCCAAGGAUCUUCUCUUGGGCUUGGUGCGCUCUAUUUUGAUCACUGUUAUCCGCAGGAGCGGGGCUAUGGCUACGUGGGUGCCAGCCGCUUCCGGCUCGCCGAGCGCAUCUACCACUUUGGCUCUAUUCGGCGCACAGAUUGGCUACCGGUGAGCAUGAGACAGGACGACCCAGACGAGCAGACUAUGAGAUCGGCCCAGAGUGACUCCGACGACGAGUACGGGCCCGGACCACGGGACGAAGAGACGGAGUCCGAGGCGAACACGGACCAUGACGAUCCUGACGAGGAGGACGAGGACUCGCGCUACUCCAUCCUCGAGACCAUGUCCGCCUUUGCAGGCGGCGCGUCUGAGCUGGCCGCAUACGCGGAGCUUGGCUUAUAUGAACAGUGUUGA